UAUAAACAUAGAAACAACAAAGUUAAAGGUAAAGAAUAAAUGGGAAUGGCAAAACAAUUUAGUAUUUCUUUUGCAACUUUUAUUCUUGUCAAUAUAUUUUUUACAAUUAAAGCACAAACUAUUCCGGCAGCCGAUGGUGAAGUUAAUACUUGGUUUCAAACCGCAGUAAAACCAUUUAGUGCACAAUCGGGAACAUUAGAAUCCAAUGUAGUAGAAGCUGAAAGUGGUGCCGCAGAGGUUAUUGAUGUUAGACAAGAUGGAAGCGGAAAAUUUACAACAAUAUCAGACGCGGUGAAACAUGUUAAAAUAGGAAAUACUAAACGUGUAAUUAUAACAAUCGGCCCAGGGGAGUACAAAGAAAAAGUUAAAAUCGAAAGACUUAGUGCAUAUAUCACCUUUUACGGAACAGAUCCAAAGAAUAGGCCAACAAUAACAUUUGCUGGCACAGCUGCUGAGUAUGGUACUGUAGAUAGUGCAACAUUAAUCGUGGAGUCUGAUUACUUUGUCGCUGCAAAUAUAAUUGUUUCGAACGCUGCUCCAAGACCAGACGGCGAGAGAAAAGGAGCACAAGCUUCUGCAAUGAGAAUAUCCGGUGAUAAAGCUGCAUUUUACAAUUGUAAAUUUGUAGGAUUUCAAGACACCGUUUGUGAUGAUAAAGGCAAACAUUUCUUCAAGGAUUGUUAUAUUGAAGGGACGGUUGAUUUUAUCUUUGGAGAAGGUAGAUCUAUAUACUUGAACACCGAGAUCCACGUUUUAUCGGGUGAUCCAGCGGCUGUUAUAACCGCUCAUGCAAGAAAGACUGCAGAUGGAGAAGGUGGAUACUCAUUUGUACAUUGUCCAGUGACCGGAACCGGUGGUAAUGCGUUACUAGGUAGACCAUGGAUGGAAGCAGCACGAGUUGUUUUUUCAUAUUGUACCAUCAGUGAUGUCAUCAAACCUGAGGGUUGGACUAACAACGACAAGCCAGAACUCGAAAAGACAAUGUUUUUUGGGGAGUACAGUAACACGGGUCCCGGUGCAUCACCAGAUAAAAGAGCUCCAUAUACUAAGAAGUUAACAGAUGAAGAAGUCAAAACAUUCACGAGUCUUGAAUACAUUGAUGCAGCUAAAUGGCUACUUCCACCUCCCAAGGUGUAAAACAUUAGCUUAACAGGCAAAAGGGGAAAAAAGGACGUUUACAAAAGCAUAAGUAUAGGGUACAAUAGUACUAUAUAUACAUCAAGAGGUAUAUAUAAUGUAGCAAUAGAGUGAUUUUCAUAAUCAUUUAGUGAUUGUUAUUUCCUUUCGACCUGAAUUUUUUUUCUUUAUAAACGGGUGACUUUAUUUUAUAUUUCAUGCUUGCAUUAUGCAUGAGUUUAUGUUGAGAAGAUAGUUUUGUAAAUGGUGUUCAUUUAUAACAUUUUUGGCCUAGUUUCAAUA